AUGGAGAAAAACCUUAUAAAUAUAAAGAUUCUGGGAAGAAUUCAUACUAUUGCAAAAUUUUGCAAACUCGAAGAAAAUGGAAAAGGCUUUAGUCAGUCCUCAAGACAUACUCAACAUCAUAGAAAUUAUACGGGAGGAAAGUCUUACAAAUGUUCAGAAUGUGACAAAGUGUUUACCCGGCGCUCAACCCUCAGUAUUCAUCUGAGAAUUCACACUGGAGAGAAACCUUAUGACUGUAGAGAUUGUGGCAAAGCCUGGGGAAGCUUCUCAGACCUUACUAAGCAUCAGAGAGUUCAUACUGGAGAGAAGCCUUAUAAAUGUAGAGAAUGUGGCAAAGCCUUUAGAUGGUCCUCAGAUCUUACUAAGCAUCAGAGAGUUCAUACUGGAGAACAGCCUUAUAAAUGUAGAGAAUGUGGCAAAGCCUUUACACUGUCCUUAUACCUUAUUAGGCAUCAGAGAGUUCAUACUGGAGAGAAGCCUUAUAAAUGUAGAGUAUGUGGCAAAGCCUUUACACUGUCCUUAUACCUUAGUAGGCAUCAGAGACUUCAUACUGGAGAGAAGCCUCAUAUAUGUGGAGAAUGUGGAAAAGCCUUUAGAUGGUUCUCACACCUUACUGCGCAUCAGAGAGUUCAUACUGGAGUGCAGCCUUAUAAAUGUAGAGAAUGUGGCAAAGCCUUUAGAUGGUCCUCAGACCUUACUACGCAUCAGAGAGUUCAUACUGGAGAAAAGCCUUAUCAAUGUCGAGAAUGUGGCAAAGUCUUUAGCCGGCCCUUUACCCUUAGUAUUCAUCAGAGACUUCAUUCUGGAGAGAAGCUUUAUAAAUGUAAUGAAUGUGGCAAAGCCUUUACACAGUCCUCACACCUUACUUAUCAUCAGAGAAUUCACACCGGAGAGGAGUCUUAUAAAUGUAGAGAAUGUGGCAAAAUCUUCAGUGGAGCAUCAGACCUUACUUAUCAGAGACUUCACAGUGGAGAGAACCCUUAUAUAUGUAGAGAAUGUGACAAAACCUUCAAUGUAACAUCGGACCAUACUUAUCAGAGAGUUCACACUGGAGGAAAGCCUUAUAAAUGUACUGAAUGUGGCAAAGUCUUUAGCCAGUCCUCACACUUUACUUGUCAUCAAAGAGUUCACACAGGAGAGAAGCCUUAUAAAUGUAGAGAAUGUGGCAAAGCCUUUGGCAGCUCCUCGGGGCUUACUAGGCAUCAGAGAGUGCAUACUGGAGAGAAGCCUUAUAAAUGUGGAGAAUGUGGCAAAGCCUUUAGAUGGUCUGCAGAUCUUAUUCCGCAUCAGAGAGUUCAUACUGGAGAAAAACCUUAUAAGUGUAGAGAAUGUGGCAAAGCCUUUAGAAGGUCUUCAGAUCUUACUAAUCAUCACAGAGUUCACACUGGAGAGAAGCCUUAUAAAUGUAGAGAAUGUGGCAAAGUCUUUACACUGUCCUUAUACCUGACUAGGCAUGAAAGAGUUCAUACUGAAGAGAAGCCUUACAUAUGUGGAGAAUGUGGCAAAGCCUUUACACUGUACUCAUACCUUACUAGGCAUCAGAGACUUCAUACUGGAGAGAAGCCUCAUAAAUGUGGAGAAUGUGGCAAAGCCUUUAGAUGGUCCUCACACCUUACUGCGCAUCAGAGAGUUCAUGCUGAAGAAAAACCUUAUAAAUGUAGAGAAUGUGGCGAAGUCUUUUGCCAGCCCUCAACCCUUAGUAUUCAUCAGAGACUUCAUUCUGGAGAGAAGCUUUAUAAAUGUAAUGAAUGUGGCAAAACUUUUACACAGUCCUCACACCUUACUUGUCAUCAGAGAAUUCACACUGGAGAGGAAUCUUAUAAAUGUAGAGAAUGGCAAAAUCUUCAGUGGAGCAUCAGUCCUUACUUAUCAGAGACUUCACAGUGGAGAGGACCCUUAUAUAUGUAGACUAUGUGGCAAAACCUUCAGUAUAACAUUAGACCUUAUUAGAGUUCACAAACCUUAGCCAGUCCUCAAAUCUUGGAUAUCAACAGAGAAUUCACACUGGAGAGAAACCUUAUAAAUGUAGACAAUGUGACAAAGCCUUUACACUCUCCUCACACUUGUCAUAAAAGAGUUCACACAGGAGAGAAGCUUUAUAAAUGUAGAUAAUGUGGCAAAGCCUUUGGCAGCUCCUGAGGUUUUAUUACACAUUAGAGAGCAACUGUAGAGAAGCCUUAUAAAUGUAGACAAUGUGGCAAAGGCUUUACCCAGUCCUCAAUCCUUAUCAUCAGAGAGUUCACACCAGAGAGAAGCCUUAUAUGUGUAGAAAAUGUGGCAAAUCCAUUGGCAGUUCUUCAAAAUUGGCUACACAGCAGAGAGAUCAUACUGGAGAGAAGACUUAUAAAUGUAGAAAGUGUGACAAAGCUUUUAUUUACUGUUCCUGCUGUACUAUACAGCAGAGAGUUCACACUUGAGAGAAGUCUUAGAAAUGUGUGGAAUUUUCUAUAUCUUAGACCAGCAGUGAGAACUUACUUUGGAAAGAAGCCUUAUGAAUGUAGCGGGGGGAGGGGGGAGCCUUGAAAAGUCAUUCAGUUGUUAUUGUACUUGAGAGACUUCCUAACAGAGGGAGACCUUACAAAUGUAGAGAAUAGGCUGGAGCAUUUACCUACAGCUCAAAACUUAUGAAACGUCAGAGAUUUUAUACUGGAGGAAACCUUACACUGUACAAAAUGUGAGAAAGUACUGGCUGGCAUGUCUCAGUGGUUUAGCUUUGAUCUGUGAGCCACAGGUUAGGGUGCAAUUCCUGGACAGGGCACAUGCCCUGGUUACGGACUCAAUCUCCAGUGUGUGCAUGCAAGAUCUAGCUGAUCCAUGAUUCCCUCUUAUCAUUGAUAUUUCUAUCACACAGUUUCCUCUCUGAAAUCAAUAAAAAUAAUGUUUGGGGAAAAAAAGAAAAUGUGAGGAAAGCUUUAGUCUGUGUUUAUUCCUUCCUGUACAUCAGAGAGUUUCUACUGGAGAGAAAUCUUGCAAAUAUAAUGGGUGAGGUUAAUCCUUUUCUUGUUAAUGGAGUCUUAUUUAACAUCACAGAAUUCAUUGUGAAAGAAAGCCUUACAAAUGUGAAGAAUGAGGCACAACUUUUAAUUAUCCUCCUCCUGCUCAACACAAGAGAAUCAUAUGGAGGGAACACCUAUAAAUAUACUGUGUGUGACUUUGAUAAGCAGUGGGGCUGCCCACACUGUUGCUCCUUGGUAGAGUGUCAACACAUGAACCGCGAAGUCAGUGCUCUUUUCCCGAUCAAGGCUCAUGCCCUGUUUGUGGGCUAGAUACCCAGUAGAGUUUGCGCAAGUGCAGUUGAUCAAUGAUUCUGUGUUAUCGCUGUUUCUAUGUAUCUUCCUCUUCCUUCUCUCUCAAAUCCAAUACCAGUGAUGUUGUAGUAUAAGGUAGGAGAUGUUUCAUACCCUGGAUGCAGAAUUGCCAUGAACUCUGCAUUGGAGAGAAGACACCUGUUUCCAAGCUGCACUCCUAGCUGAACACAGAAAAUUAGUUUCUUCCAUUUCCUAUUUCUUAUUUCUCUCUGUGUUAUGUGGUGUGUUUUUUUCUCAUUUUUCUCCCUAGCUGAUACUCUUUUCUGCAGUGCUAUAACAAUGGCAUCUAAACCUCUUCCUCUCAUAUCAGCCCUUCUGGCCCCUAUAGCUUCUGUUCUGUAGUUUAGAAUUUUACGAAUGCAACAAGUAACAUUAGGAUUUUGGCAGAAUUUUGAUUUAUAUUCAUGAAGUAGGAGGACCACCAUUCAUGUUUCAUGCUGGAUUCUUGAUUUUGAAUAUUAAUUUUUGAAUUACAAUAAAUUGGCUUCUGUGGUA